AUGUACAGACGUGUUGCUGAGGCGAUUCAUGGGUUGGAUAUGAUUAAGGAAGGUGACAAAGUGCUUGUCUGUCUUUCUGGAGGCAAGGAUUCACUCUCUUUGCUUCACAUUCUACAUUUUUAUCAGAUGCGAUGUCGAAAGAAUAAAAGCACAAACUUCGAACUUGGUGCUAUCACAGUGGACCCCGGCUCGACAGCGUAUAAUCCGCGACCACUGAUCGAGUACUGCAGAUCGCUGAAUAUUGACUAUUUCUACGAAGAGCAGGGUGAGUUUCCGUAUCGCAUUUUGGAUAAAAACUAA